ACCAAGGCAAGAUUGAUAAUGAGAGAUUUGAGUCAGAGUUCUGUUUGUUAUUGUGUUCAGUUUCGGCAAUUUGAAAUUUUAUUUUUUAUUUUAUAACUGUUGAUAUGUUUAAGUUAACUCGAGCCUUUUCUUCGCCUCUUUUUCGCCAAAAUCUUACAAAAUGUUGGUGGCAAAAUCGACAUAUCAUUAGUCAAGUACCCCGAAAUCGAGAAGUUAGUUGCAUGAGCUACCGCCGACCGGGUUGGCGGCCAGCUCUGCGGUAUUGGCUCAGCGGUCUGCGGUCACGCUAUUGCAUGUGGAAGCUGCGACGUGUGCUCGGCCCCGAGUUUGAUGAAUUUGACUUUUUAGUGGGCGUACGGCAGGCGGCAACCCUGAUGAUCGAGGCGGUGCGCCAAGCGAAUUGGAAACGCAUACGCAGCUGCUGCACGGAUCAAGGCGCCUGUGUCAUUUAUCGCCUGACGCAGAACCAGCGCAAUUUGCAAUACACGAAGCUGGUGCGCUUCGAGAGCCAGCACCUGUGCCAGGUGAUGCCCAUUUCCGUGCAGCGGCUAGUCGAGCAGGGACGCCGUUAUGUCUACGCGAACAUUGUGUUUGUGGGCCUGCGUGACCUAUGCGAUUUUGCCAGUUCUAGGGAGCAGCAGGAGAUGCUGAAACAGAUUAGGGACGUUCUACAGGGGUCGCAGAUCCCAGAGCAAAUAACACCAACACAUCGCCGCAUUGUUCUGGGUGAAUUCAUGUUGACCCUGCGCAAAGAGCUAGCCGAGUCCGAAAGCGAGGAGAACGAGCCCAAAGACUGGCUGGUUGACGCCUACAAUAUAUUUGGAGUUAAGCUGGUGAACUACAGUCCCGUAACGUUGCAGUACCGUAUCAUUGAAUUCCUGAAACCAGUUUAAAUUCCCCGAAUGCUCAGCUCUAGCUGUACGGCUAUUGACCGUUCGGUCACCUUAUCAAUUAUUUCAAUUCUCGCUACGUGUUGCUCCAAAAAUCGUGCGCUACAUCCAAAUUAAUAAAUAUUCUAAUUCGGCACCGCUCAAUAACACGCACGUCUGUUCAGUGGCUGUCGCCGAUGUUGACUGAACGCCCCAUCGACUGUUUUGCACUCUUUAUAAUGCUCGAAUGCGCUUUUUGUAACAUUUUUGGCUAUACACAUGGAAGAUGUAGCUGAACUGCACAGUUUUUAUAAAUUUCAUAUUGGCUUUUCAAUUAAAUUAUAUUAAAUCAUUUAUAUAAUCAUU